AUGGCAACCGGCCAGCAAAAUGGUUUCUACGCUGGUCAAUUCAUGAACCCUGGUCCUGCACCCCGUCCCCCUGUUGACAGACCUCGACAACUUGACCUCCAGCGCACUCAAUCCGCGCUCCCUGCAACUAGUUUUGAGUCCAUGUCACUCAGCGGUGGUCAACAAUCGCCUGCAAUCAAUACUCCCAGUGCCCCCUUCUUCUCUAAUGGCAGUUCGCUGUCGUUGGCGGGCACCAUCAAGUCCUCCAGCUCCACUACGAUCAUCAAGGAAGGCCAUGUUCGCUGCAAGGAGGACAAAUUUCUCGCCCAGUGGAAUCAGCGCUAUCUGAUCCUGCGCGAGUUCAGAUUGGACUUUAUGAAGAGUGAAAAUGGAAAAUUAAUGCAGUCCAUCCAGCUAAAUACUGUCACCGGUGUCACUCGCUCUGAGGAGACUCGCAUGGCCUUUGAGAUCACGCGCAUUGCCAAUCCCAAGGAUGCCAAUGGAAAGGUCGUUAUGGCUCGCGAUGUUCCCACUCGGGUCAUGACUUGUGAAGUCCGUAAUGACGAUGAAAUCUACGACUGGAUCGACAAGAUUUAUGAACGCUGUCCUGGAAUGGGAGGUGUCAGCAACCCCACCAAUUUCAGCCAUCGCAUCCACGUCGGUUUCGACCCUCAGACCGGUGGAUUUGUUGGUCUGCCCCAGGAAUGGGAAAAACUCCUCAACAAUUCUGCCAUUACAAAAGAUGAUUACAAGAAGAAUCCUCAAGCUGUUAUCGAAGUCCUUCAGUUUUACUCUGAUCAGAAGAAACGCGAGGAAAAUCCUGAAAUCUACUCUCACGGUAUGACCACUCCCCCCGCCGCCUCUCAAGCCAACAAGCAGCUCGGUUUCCCUUCCGGCGGCAAUAGUGUUGCCCCUCCACGACCCGCGCCUCCCACCGAUUCUCAACGCUAUAACACCAACCAGUUCAUGAACAAGUACCAGGAUGGGCCAGCUCGAACGAAUACUCCACCUGCUAAACCUCAAUUGCAAAGGUCACAGACAGAUAAAAGCGGCUAUGACAUGGAAGCUGAUGCUGCUCGAAUCAAGGAGAUUGCCAAUCAAGAACAGAAGCGCCGACAAAUGGAGAUGGAGAACAAAAGGGCAGCUGAGAGACAACGAGAGAAGGAGCGUGAGGAGGAGCAGAAUAGGAGGGAACUGGAAGCAUAUAAUGCAGCCCUACCAAAAACUCGUACCCCUCUAGCUCAACAGGAAAUUGGUGGCUAUGGCGGCAGCCCUGACCGCCAACAACAAGCCAGACAAGACCCUCGAUACAAUCCUGCCCGAGCUGCCCCUUCUGCUCCUCAACAAGGUGCGUCGGCAUCUCUCAGACAACAACCAGUCGCCCAACGGCCAGCUCCUUCUGCUCCAACAAGCAAUUCUCAAAAAUCCAUUCCCACUUCCUCUUCUGCCGGUCAGGCGUCUCUCCGUUCUCCUGGCAGCCAGGACCGAGAUCGACAACCCUCUCCUAAUGCACGAUAUCAACCAGACAGGGAAGCUCCUCCCAAAGAUUCUUCAUCCAAGCCCCAAGCCAAUGGCAUGAACGGUCAGUCGCUCAGUCGCUCACAGGGCUCAGUGCAGCAACCAAAGCCACUGAAUGUGGCUAAGCAACCCCAGGCCAAACCCGCCACCGAUCCACGCAAAGAAGCCGAGAUCGCGUUGACGGCCAAGAAACCUGUGGAAGAGCGAGCGAAGGAGGUGCGCAUGUCUAGCAUGAGCGAGAGCGAGGUGAUGGCCAAACUCAAGCAGGUUGUAUCCAAGGACAACCCGUUGGAGUCUUACAGCAAACAAAAGAAGAUUGGUCAGGGAGCAUCGGGUUCGGUCUAUGUUGCAAGAGUGAAAGAAAGUGCUACUUCAUCGAUCGCAAGAGAGAUUUACCGCACUCACGGGCCCAAAGGUCAAGUUGCCAUCAAACAGAUGGAUCUUCGUAAUCAGCCGCGCAAAGAACUAAUUGUCAACGAAAUCAUUGUCAUGAUGGACUCCAAGCACCCAAACAUUGUCAACUUUCUCGACUCAUUCCUGCAGGAGCAGAACAACGAGCUCUGGGUCGUGAUGGAGUUUAUGGAGGGUGGUGCUCUCACCGAUGUCAUCGACAAUAACCCAGUAAUCACUGAGGAUCAGAUCUCGACCAUCUGCUUUGAAACCUGCAAAGGCCUGGCUCAUUUGCACUCCCAAGACAUCAUUCAUCGUGACAUCAAGAGCGACAAUGUGUUGCUUGAUCGGGUUGGAAACGUCAAGAUUACUGAUUUUGGUUUCUCUGCCAAACUUACCGAGUCGAAGAGCAAGCGUGCAACCAUGGUCGGGACACCAUAUUGGAUGGCACCCGAAGUUGUCAAGCAGAAGGAAUACGGCCCGAAAGUCGACAUCUGGUCUCUCGGGAUUAUGGCGAUUGAAAUGAUAGAAUCAGAACCACCAUAUCUGAACGAGGAACCUUUGAAGGCUCUCUUCCUGAUUGCAACUAACGGAACGCCUCGCCUGAAGAAUCCUAACAAGCUCUCACGCGAAUUGAAAGCGUUCCUUAGUGUCUGUCUCUGUGUUGAUGUUAGAAGCAGAGCCAGUGCAGACGAGCUAUUGCGCAACGACUUUAUGCGGAUGGGUUGCAGCCUUGCAAGCUUAAGUGAACUACUCAAAUGGAGGGAAAAGGGUCGACAAUAA